UAUCUGAUUUCCAGCAAACCAUUUUUGCAGCGAUGUUUUCCAUCUCUAGGCAAAAAGGGUGAUGUCAUCACAGUGGGCGAUCAAGAAACAUUUAAUGAUGGAGACAAAAUGAGAGACGCUAAAGAUCUGGUGGCUGGAAUGAAGAAUGCAACAAUAGUCAUGGAGGGUCGUCAAGUUGCAAUGAAGAUAUUUGAGGAUUACACAAAGUCUUGGUACUGGAUACUAAUUUGUUUGUUGAUCGCUGUGGUGCUGAGUCUGAUCUUCAUCGUUCUUCUGCGUUAUCUGGCUGGAAUCAUGGUCUGGGUCAUGAUCUUCAUGGUCAUCGCUGUCGUUGCCUAUGGUAUUGCUCACUGCAGCAUAAAGUAUGUCAAUCUGAAGGACACGCCUGGUUCUAAUAUCACCCUACAGCAGCUGGGCUUCCAGCCCGAUUUCUCUGUGUACCUGCACAUCAGACAGUCCUGGCUGGCCUUCAUCAUCAUCUUGGCCAUUUUGGAGGUCAUCAUCAUCAUUCUCCUCAUCUUCCUCAGGAAACGAAUCCGGAUCGCUGUUGAGCUCAUGAAGGAGGCCAGCAGGGCUGUGGGUUAUGUGAUGUCUUCGCUGUUCUACCCUAUUUUUACCUUCUUCCUCCUGACCAUAGUCAUCGCGUACUGGGGCGUCACUGCAGUUUUCCUCUCUACAUCCAGUGAACCUGUUUAUAAGGUUUUCAACGAAACAGAUUGUCCACAUGCAAGGCAAACCUGUGACCCUGAGAACUUCACUCUUUCUACUAUGAAGAGAGACUGUCCGCGGUCUGAGUGCCUGUUUGCUUUCUAUGGUGGGGAAACGCCAUAUCACAAAUACCUGGUCGUCCUUCAGUUCUACAAUGUCUUCCUGUUCUUCUGGUGUGCAAACUUUGUCACUGCUCUGGGUCAGAUGACUCUGGCAGGGGCAUUUGCAUCCUACUACUGGGCUCCUAAAAAGCCCAAUGACAUGCCUGCAUACCCGCUGUGUGCCUCUCUGGGCAGAUCCCUCAGAUAUCACACAGGCUCUCUCGCAUUUGGUUCUCUCAUCCUCGCCAUCGUCCAGAUUAUCAGGGUUCUGCUGGAGUAUAUUGAUCACAAACUCAAGGGAGCAGAGAAUAAAUUUGCCAAGUUCUUGUUGUGCUGUUUGAAAUGCUGCUUCUGGUGCCUGGAGAAGUUCAUCAAGUUUAUGAACAGGAACGCCUACAUUAUGGUGGCCAUAUAUGGUAAAAACUUCUGCCGAUCAGCACGUGAUGCCUUCUUCCUCCUCAUGAGAAACGUAAUCAGGGUGGUAGUCCUGGAUAAGGUCACCGAUUUCAUCUUAUUCCUUGGAAAACUCCUUAUUGUGGGGCUUGUGGGGAUCUUCGCUUUCUUCUUCUUCUCAGGACAUACAGAUGCGUUUAAGGGUGCCGCACCCAGUCUCCAUUACUACUGGGUUCCUAUUUUGACUGUGUUGGUGGGCUCCUACCUCAUUGCACAUGGGUUUUUCAGCGUUUAUGCCAUGUGUGUGGACACACUCUUCCUCUGCUUCUGUGAAGACCUUGAGCGCAGUGACGGCUCUGCAGCGCGGCCGUAUCGCAUGACCACAGAGCUGCGCGACAUCCUGAUGAAGGACGCGGAUGCGGCUCGGACCCCUACUUCACGUGACGAGACGAUGCAGCUGACGGCUCCCGACAAAACAAUGGAAAACUGAUGCAAAUUUUGGAGGACCUGGAGAGGAACGACGGCAGCCCAGAACGACCCUAUCUGAUGUCUGACAAUCUUCU